AAUUCUUGUGCCUCUUGUUAUGGAAGUGCUGACAAUCAAUGCCUUUCUUGUUCUUCCGGUCGCAAACUUUUUAACAGCACUUGUAUUGACCACAAAUGUCCCGAUUUUUAUUACGAAUCAAAUAGUGGUGACAUUCAGUGUCGAAGUACCAUUACUGCAAUACAAGUGUGACGAGACGUGUAUGUCCUGCAGCGGACCCUCACAUAAAGACUGCGCGUCUUGUUUCCGCAACUCAACCCUCACUAGUGAUGGUCUUUGUCUGAAUUGUCUGAGCGGACAGUUCUUGGACGCGAAGACAUCAAAGUGCGAAUCAUGUCAUAUGAGUUGUUCCACAUGUAGUGGUCCCACAGCUAGCGAUUGCCUUUCCUGUAGAACUCCAUACGCUUUGGACAACUCUCGGUGUGUCUCCUGUUGUCUGUUAGAUUUAAACGACAUUAAAGGAGUGACACAAGAACUCAACGAUUGUUGUUAUUGUGUGUCUUCUGGAAGUGUUUGUCUGUCAUCAGUAGCUAUUGAUCGGACGCGAAGU